UUCCAACUAUUUGGCCGGGACACGCCUGUGUACAAAAUUAGGCCAUUGAGAGCCGCUAGAUUCAGUCUACUUGUUCUUUACUUACAACAUCGUUGUAUUUUCUGUAGGCUGGCAUAUCUGUAGAUUGUAGUCGAAAUUUAAAGUAUGUGAAAACAGUCGUAGCAGAAUGUUUUAGAUUGCUGUGCUAUAUGCAAUCUCGUUGUUCUAAUUGCCUGUCAACAGGAAAACGGAAGUUGUAAAGUAAGUAAGGAUACCACAACGCGGAGCUGUCGCUGUGUGCGCGAUGUGCAGCGAAGUGAGCCGCUUGGAUUGUGUAUUGGGAUCAUAUUCAUGUGCUUUUUUUCUUGGAUGUUGAUUUUCUCGAGACCUUUUCAAAUAAAAUAUAUUAUCAGUUUCCGAGGACUGUGGACAGCGACGGAAAAAAGAGACAUAAAAAAGACGACAUUAAGUUGCACGUUUUAUGGAGUAAGAUUUCGUUAAAUGUCGUGAGGGAUAACUCUUCAUCAUUGCGUGCAUUUGGGACGUGUUUUCUCCCACUGAUUUUAGAUGAAUGGUUGCCCCGGGUCUCUGCUCGUAAUGUGAGGCUCCCAGCCAAGGACAUCUCUGUAGAAGAAGGGGUGUUCGUCACUUGGAGUGCAUUUAGCGUAAAUCAUUUUGCUGCCAACAAAAGUCUUACCUUUUUUUUGUCCCCGCCAUGUGAUAAAUCCUGAAACUGUUAACCGGUGUUGGAAUAGCAGCCAGUAGUAUAAAUAAAUACAGCUGUAGUGUGUGUGUGUGUGUAUAUACCGGUCAGUGACCUACUAUGGCUCGUGUGCUUUGUUUUGCCAUACUGACCAACGACCGCAGGUCAGUUUGCUGGGCGGGCGGUGUCCUGGAGGGAAAGGUCACUCUGGACAUCAGCACGCCAUUGCCUGUCAGAGGGGUACGAAUGACGUUUUAUGGUGAAGGCCGCGUUGAGUGGGCAGAAGGAUCACCCGUGCCACACAUGAACCGACUAGCCAAGCAGCGUAGGAAGGCCUGGAAGAACGUCAGAACGAUUGCAGACACCGAGAUCUACUCAAAGACCACAACUAUCCUGUAUGGGGCUGACCCAGAGAGUACCUACAUGCACGUUCUCCCCGCUGGAAACCACUGCAUGCCCUUUGAACUUCCAGUGCCGUCUGAUCUGCCAUCAUCCUACGAGGGUUGUCAUGGUUACGUGCGUUACUGGCUGGAGUGUGUCCUUGACGUCAUUGGUCACGUGGAACAAAUCACCAAGAAAGCCUUUACUGUCAUAAGCAAAUACAAUCUAAACACAGACCCCAUAGCCGAGAAAGAGAUCAAGAGGAGAGAAGAAGUAUCUGUCUGCUGUGGUUGUGGUGCUCCGGGCUUUUUCGACAUUCGCUACUUUGUCAGUCGCCAUGGCUACGUACCUGGGGAGAAAAUGAUGGUUGACAUCAGGACAAGAAACUUCACCAACAGUAUCGUACAUCUCUUUCUCCGGUUUAAAACGACCACCACAUACCACGCGAAGGGCAAGCAGGUGAAGGUGGAUAAGAAACUCCACGAAGGUGAGAAAACGCUAGAGUCUGCAGAGAGCCUCAAAUGGAACCCCGAAAUUCCAGUGCCGCCAUUGCCCCCGACUGGACUUGGAGGCAGUCGCGUUAUAGACGUGCGAUAUUGGUUGGAGGUAGAGAUGUACUCUGACGCCUCUUUCACGGACUCCAUACAUUUCGUGGAUGAGAUCAGGAUAGGGACAUUGCCUCUGGACCACGUGACAACAGCCCUACCUGUGACUCAGCAGCCGGGCGGAAAAAGCACGCGAUCGGGCUUGCUUCCCAUUGGUUAUCCAACACCUGAAGUCCGUGCCUUGCCGGCUCCAGGACCUGCUGUGGUCCCUCGGAAUGAUGUUCUUAACUGGACUCCGAGUGAUGGCACUUCAGGAGGAUCAGCCAAUCGAGUUCAUGCUUACAAUGGCCAUGUGGUGCACCACAGCCUAUCAACAUCGUCGAAUUCAUUAGCAUGGUGAAGGGCUACAUUUCAGUUACUGUUUUAAGGAAUGCAAUCUAUUUUAUUCCUCCUACCUCUUGUUUGUCCCUGAGAAAGAAGCAGAAAGUAUCUCAACAGUGAUUAAGGCCACAUGAAGAAAAUAGUGUUUUCAAUAGUCACUCUGAGUGCCGAUCUCUGUGGCUGUGGCAAAGGCACAAGGGUGGCUUGAAAUGUUUUUGGUGGAGCUUCCCUUCAGGGCUUUGUCAACGAUUACCUUCCCUUUUUAACUUACAAGACUCAUCCAGGAGACUCCUGAAUUAUUGCGAAGACAUAGGCGUCCUGUGUGUAUAAAGUCACAUGUUAAGAAUACAGAGUAGUGUUUAGGAAUUGCAAGCCAUAUUUUGACGUACUACAUGUGUAAUAUAAAUUGUAAUGUAAUUUGUCUUUUGUUUACACGCAUCCCCCAUUGACACAAUUUAGAUUUUUUUUGACGUUAGGGAUACAACG